AUGGCAGACGAGGCCGAGCAAGCCGUUGAGGUCAAGGACCUCGUGGAGGCAGCUCUGCAGAAAGACGAGGGCGACCAAGCCGUUGAGGGCAAGGACCUCGUGGAGGCAGCUCUGCAGAAAGCCCGAGAGGAGGAGCUCGACCCAGAGGCUCGCAAGUGCAAAAGGGAACGGUGGGUGGGCUACCAACACGUGAACUUCCCGUGGCUUUCUACCGCCUUCCUCAACGAGGUGUUGCCCAACAGCUGGCUGUUGACUUGCCUCCGCUUCGGCCUCAAGCUACAGCAGCUGGCUGCCGGCAAAAACGGCGGGACAUGA